AUGACGCUCUACGUGCGCAUCGGCCUGCCCAUGUGCGUCUUCAGCAAGAUGUACUCGGCCCUGAGCAUGUGCGGGCUCGUGGACGAGCUCAGGGACGGGAGCGGCUGGCUGAACAUGGACACGAACGGCGGCGUGUUGAAGGACAUGCCCAGGACAAAAUCCGUGUAUACGACCAAGUCCAAGGACGACCUGCUCGUGAAGGAAUACGACCCGAACAGAUACCCGAACACGCCCAUCAACGUGUGGCUGCACAACCACGCCAAAGCCAACAGGAACAACAUCAAGAACAGCCUCGAGUUCACGUUCUGCGACGCGUGCAAGAGCAGGAACAUGAUCACGACCCAGCCCGAGUGCGACAGCCACUACAAGGAUGCCAUCAACUACAUAACCCACGCAGUGAGGCUCUCGUACCUGGGCGUGAUCGAGGUGAGAAACAAGAUCGGACAAGGUGUCAUCUUCCUGGACGGCAACGUCUCAGCACUGGCGUCACCAACGUCACCAGGACCGAGGGGUUGUCUAGAACCUGUUCCAGAGCCCAAACAGCCCCAUGAUGGCGGAAGUCAUGAGCAGGCCGGCGGUGUACGUGAGGAUCUACGCGGGGAUGUGGCGGAGCAGGACGAGCAGGUGGACGAUGACCGUGGUGUCGUCCACCAAGUGUCUCACGAGUUGUUACGCCGGAGCAAAAACCAGACUUUAUCUCGGUAA